UUAAUUCAUCAUAUGGAUUUUUCUAUUUUUCAUCCAGCUUUUCUCACAUAUAGUAAUUUCUCUCACUCUGUCUUGGUUCCUUUCAUGAUUGAUUGAAUUCUUCACUUCUUUUAUGACUGACUUUGUUUUCAUUAUGGCUAACUUGUUCUUUUCGUUAUUGAUAAUUGAUUUGUUUUUUUCUUUGACAAACUUCUUUUUAACCUUGGUAGACUUGUUGUUAACUAGGUUUUUUAUUAUCUUUGUGGCCAAUUUGUCAUUAUCCGGAUUCUUGGGUUCUUGUUAAUAGGUCGAGCUCCUUUUGAGCAAUUUUCACACUUUCUUCACAACCAAACAUAUAAUCCAUUUUAAGUCACAACUUCUUGUCUAGCACUUCCAAUGCAGCUCUAUGAUCUUUCUCACCUUGGAAUUGUUUUUGCAAUUUUGAAAAUUCUGUUCAAGUUUCAAGCACAAAUUAUUCAAAACUUGUUUUCUUCUAUCUAAGCUUGUUUGUAACUCUGCAUUGCCUCUAACUUCAAUUUUUGUUGCAAAUCGUCUUUUGCAAGUUUUGACCUUUGAAUAACAAGCUUGUCUCCCCACAUGCCUAAGAUAUUCGAGUUGUAUAUAUGUACCAUUGAGUUUUCUAUAGGCUUUACUAAGUUAACCGAGCUAUCCACAUGCUCCACUGAGCUACCUAAGUUUCCCAACAAACUUUUCAAGUUGUUCACUUGCUCCACCAAGAUACCUAGGCUAUCCAAAUUUGCUAUCAAGCUAUCUAGAUUUCUCACCAAUCUAUCUGAGCUCUCCAUGCACCUUAGUGGGCUAUCAAAAUGCACCACUAAUCUAUCUAGAUGCCUUGUUGUCAAGCCGACACUACUUAAUUGACUUGUCGAGUUAUCGUAUUCAGCCUUCUUGCUGAAUUCUCCAUGACACCUGGCUUACUUGUCGAGUUCUCCCUUUGCUUAUACUCAACUCUCAAACUAUGUCCCAUCAUUAAUGACAUCGCUUUCUCUUCAACAUUUUCUAUGAGAAGAUUGAUCGUCUCUUCCUUCUUGUUUUCAUAUUGACAAUUUUUAGCAAAAUGUCUGACCUUAUUGUAAUUGAAGCACUUAUUAGUAACACUUCUUUACAUAACGACCUUACUUGUCACGUUUGAAGCACUUAAUAUUUGAGUUACUCAACCAACCUUCUCUCCACGGACCUCUUCCACGACCUUCUCUCCAAAGACCUUGUUCUCUUCAAAGACCUUGUUCUCUUCUGGGUCAAUUUCGAUGGCUGGAUUGUUAGCAUGGUAGUAGUAUUGAAAAUAGGAUCUACACCCAAAAAAAAACACACGAAGGCACCAAAUGUAUGCAAGAUAUAUCCCUCCCCUUGUAAUCAUUACGGUCCUGGUCUUUGUUAUCAUUAAGCUGAAGUGACAGUAAACCUUUUUACCAAUUAAAAAAAUUGCACGUAUUAUUGGAUGAAUUCCUAAAAUAAAAGAGCUAGUGAGAAGAGAGAUAUGAAAUAUGUUUUCAUACACAGUGUACAUCUAUCUAUAUAUUUGAUAACAUGGUUAACUUCAACUUUCUCCCACUCUUGUACUCAACACUUAGCGUGUCAAAUUUGAUUUCUUUUGUAAUAUAAGAAAUGCAUCUGAAUUUAUUCCUUCCACACUGAGUGCUUCCAAUAAAGAUAUCGUGUAUGCUCUUAUUCUACAAAAGAAACGAUUAAAUAUUACAAAAUUAUCAGAUAAUGAUAUCCCUGAAAUAGAAGUCAAAAGAUCACGUUGAACAACGACCAAUAAGCAUAACAAAGAUAGAUCUCAAAUCCAAAAUGAACAAAGACACCAUCUUUGGUAAAACUUCCAUGUUUCAUUCUUGGCAAACAAGUAAUGCACAUGCAUAAAUACCCCAAACCCAGAAGCAACUAAACCAUAUGAACAAUCUCAGUCUCAGAUUAAAACUAAUCCAACUAAACCACACACAUUCUCAAGGCAAAAAUGGCAGAUUCCAAUGUGGUUCUACUGGAUUUCUGGCCAAGCUCUUACGGAAUGAGAGUGAAAAUCGCUUUGGCAGAGAAGGGUAUCUCGUAUGAGUGCAAGCAAGAAGAUUUAGAAGCUAAAAGCUCUCUGCUUCUAGAGAUGAACCCAGUUCACAAAAUGAUACCAGUUUUGAUUCAUAAUGCAAAACCCAUCUGUGAGUCACUCAAUAUUGUUCAGUACAUUGACGAGGCAUGGAAACACAAAUCUUCUCUGCUUCCCUCUGACCCUUACAAGCGAUCCCAAGCCAGGUUUUGGGGCGAUUACAUUGACAAAAAUGUAUACAAUGCUGUGAAGAGGGUAUGGUCGGGGAAGGGUAAAGAGCAAGAAGAGUGGAAGAAAGAACUGAUAGAAUGUUUGAAGAGGCUGGAAGAUGAACUUGGAGACAAGGCAUAUUUUGGUGGUGAAGAGUUUGGGUAUGUGGAUGUGGCUCUUGUUCCUUUCACUAGCUGGUUUUACACGGUUGAGACGUUUGGGAAACUAAGCAUUGAAGAUGAGUGUCCAACACUUGUGGCUUGGGCCAAAAGGUGCAUGCAGAAAGAGACUGUGGCCUCAUCACUCCCUCACCCUGAACAGAUCUAUGCUUUUGCCCUGCAAUAUAAACACAGACAUGGACUUCAGUAGAUACAUGUCUGUUACUACAAUUACGUUGUAAGAAGUAUAUGUACUACGUGUGUGUCUGUGUUUUUUUCUUGGAAGUUAGAAUCUCUUGUUUAUAAAUAAA